AUGGUGGCGCCGUCGGGGGCGCGCAGCAGGCAGGGCAGGAAAGGUCUUGAGGGUGUAGAUGGGGGCCAGCAGGUUGACGGCGAGGCUGCGGUCGAGGGCGUCGAGGGACUGUGGGUGACGCCGCGGGCGGCGCCGUUCUCCCAUGGGCCGCGGGUCGAGCACGGCGACGGUGGCGCCGCGCAUGCCGUAGACCUCGGCGAGGAGGAGGCCCAGGCCCGAGGCGCCGCCCGUGAUGACGAUGACCUCGUCGGCGAGGUCGACGUGGCGCGGCAGGCCGUGGGCGACGCGCGUGUUGAUGGCGGACAGGGUCCAGACGAGGGUGAUGAGGCUCGCCCAGGCGAUGGACACGAGCAUGGGCGGCGCGGACCAGUCCAUCAUCUGGGCGCGGAAGCAGAGUGGGAUGACCCAGGAGAUGAAGGGGUGGAAGAAGGUCGUCUUGAGGACCUUGAGGAUGAGGUCGAUCGAGAGGGGGUCGAACCAGGAGUCAUUAUGGGGCAUAGAGCGAUCCAUGGCUGCUGUCGUGGUGUCGCCGUCGUGGUGUCGCCGUCGUGGUGUCGCUGUCGUGGUCGCCGUCGUGAUGGUAUCGCUGUCGUGGUGGCGUCACUGUCGACGAGUUCGUGA